AUGGUUGCUAUUAAGAAUCUCAGCUUUGCAGCUGUCUUAUCUCUUGGCCUCGUCGCUCGCGGCCUUGCUGCUGAGGAUGAAGCUACUGAUCUUGCCUCCCGAGACGUGGAGCUUGAUGCUGACGCUGAGCUUGUAGUCCGCUUUUCAGAGCUUGAGCUCGAGGAGAGAGAUGAAGAGGGCGAGCUAGAGGCUCGAGACAUGCCCGACGAGGACUCUCUCUUUGCUCGUGGGGCUCAUCCGAAGCCAAAGCCUAAGCCUUCACCACGACCCAGGCCUUUACCACCUGGGCCCUCGCCGCCACCUGAGCUGCGACCCAGACCACCCAAGCGUCGAAGAGGUCUCACUUAUGACGGUGAAUAUCUCUUCGCUCGCGGGCGUGAGGGGUCUAAGCCUAGGCUAAAUCCUAAGCUAAACCCGAGGCCGAACCCGAAGCUGAACCCUAGGCCAAUCCCCAAGCCCCUACCGCCGCCACCUAGACCACCUAAGCACCGAAGAGGUCUUACGUAUGAUGAGUAUCUCUUCGCUCGUGGACGUGAUAAUCGCAAGGGCAAGGGCCGAAGGCCGUAA